AUGUCUAGCAAGGGUGUCCGCAGAGAGUGGUUCUACCGCUGUGAACGAAGAUUGGCCGGUUCUCGGCCCGGCAGGACAGGGAGAGCGGCGCGUACAGUUGGGACUGCACGAGGCGUGAAAACCUCCAUGGAGGAGGUCUCCGACGCGUCGCUGUGCCAGAAGCGACGGAAGAAGGCCUUCGGGCUGUGUUUGAGGGCCGCUGGUUGGAGCUAG